AUGGAGGGAGAAAACUCCUGGAUAAACCUUUUCUUCUCUGGCAACCCUCCAGAGUUCGUGAACGAAAUCAAGGACGAUCAACCGUUCCGACCUUUCUGUUCUCGAGAUGAAGAUUGGAAACUACGAGGCCUGGCCGAUAAAACAAGACCGAUAGACGAGACCAGGAUACAAGUUCUCUGGCUUCUGAACAAUGGACAUAGAAAAUACGCAGGCAAAGUGUUUCCCGACUAUACAAAGAGGGAGGCCGCGUCUCAGCUUUACCGGCUCGGGGUGUCGAAGCGCCAGAUCCCCCAGAUGAUAGACGAUGCCGUGCGCGAGUUUGAUAGAUUCGUCCGAGAAGCUCGGGCAUAUACCCAGAUUGACCGAUUCUGUUCCCGCGGGGAAAGAACAUAUUUCCCUAGAUUCCAUGGUGUAGUUACCGACAUGCAAAGAGAUAGGUUCUUGUCAGGAUAUGUUCAUCAGCGAGCCGUCGUGCUGGAAGCCAUCGUACCGAAGUUGCAUUCUCGGCGUAUUCUUGCUGGGCGUACCUCUCAAUUGCCAGAAGGCUCCUUGGAGGUACUUGCGAAGCUGCCCUUCAGCUCGUUUGAGCGCGACUGGUAUCGCUCUUUGCUGAACGACCGCCUCCGUCGCCUGGAUGCCUUGCAUCGACUGGGGGUCACUCACGGAGACGUCCAGGACUGGCAUUUUAGACUUCCUGGUGACUUUUAUGAUACAGUCUUAUAUGACUUCUCCGAGGCGUACACAGUCUCUUCCAGAUGGCCUUUCCGGAUAAAUCGUGGCAAGCCUCGGCCGUUGAGAAACAUAGCAGAGUGCGAACGUAAGCGUGUUGGCAUGGAGAUUGAAGAACGAGCCAGCACCCGCGAUUUCCGUUCUCAUCUUAUCCACCUGAGUUCAGAGGACACCGUUGACGAUGCGCUCUGGCAGUCGCUGGACGUGGAGAAGGAGUCGCUGGAGUUGAUUAUAUUCAAAGUUUGCCAUCGCCCAGAUGACUUUUCCAUGCCUACGCUAAAUUCUGUGUUCCCUUUCCUGGAAGCGGUUUGUCCCCAGUCUGACCCUGGCUGGCUCAUCCGCAGAGGCCGGCUUUUACAUCAUUAUGAAUCAGCUUGGGCUGUUUCCCGUCUCGAUGAAAACCGGGCCGCGUCUAUUCUAUUCGAUGGUGAAGUCGAGCUUGCAACAGACGAUUCGCGUAGGUCCUACUUGAUACUUUGCUUAAUACCAAAGUCGUGGAAUCUAUCAUGGAGGACGGAUGACAAGCCAAGUUCAGAUGACACAGGACCAAGUCACCAGCUACGACAAGCUUGUUUGCUUGCCUUGUCUCAGCGCUCGGGGUGUGUUUUUGGCCGUAGCGAAUUUCUGGAAGUUGGCAAGAAACCCAAAGAAUCUGACCCGAGUGAGCAUGUAGAGUCUACGGAGCAUGCUGUAUCAUAA